UAUUUUAAGCGGCAACAUGCUACCUGCUAACAAGACUACAAAGACGCCAGAGCAUCAAAAAACACGCCGCGUCGUUCUUGUUCGUGUCUCACAAAGAUUGUAGUUAUUAUCCAAAAUGAGCAAAGGAAAAGAACCAUCACCUGCGGAAGCUGAAGGAGAAGAGGAAUUCAGCGUUGAAAAAGUUUUGGACAGGAGAGUAGUCAAAGGAAAAGUUGAAUACUUUUUAAAGUGGAAAGGCUACUCUAAUGAAGAUAAUACAUGGGAACCAGAAGAGAAUCUUGAUUGUCCAGAUUUAAUUGCACAAUUUGAGGAACAACGUAAGAAAAAAGAAGCUGCAGGUGGAAAACGACAUGAAGAUAAGGAACAGAAAAAGCGAAAAAGCUCACUUGGCCCAGCAUCUACUCACCCAAAGAAAAAGAUAACUGAAGACAAGAAACCUGAAGGAUUUGAUAGAAAUUUAGAACCUGAACGUAUUAUUGGAGCAACAGACUCAAGUGGAGAGUUGAUGUUUCUAAUGAAAUGGAAAGGAACAGAUGAUGCAGAUUUAGUUCCUGCUCGAAUUGCUAACGAAAAAUGUCCUCAGAUCGUGAUAAAAUUUUAUGAAGAACGACUAACGUGGCAUAGCCCGACCCAUGACGAGGAAAGUUCAACAAAAGCUGACGCAGAGUAGCGUUCAGCCUUCCGAUACAUGUAUACAGCACGCUUUAGAAUUUGCCGCAUAUAGCAAAAAUAUAGUGCGUACAAGAUGAAACGAGGACUAUUAAAACUGGAUGCACAGUAUAUUAUAAAUUUAAACAUUGCUGAUGAUUAAUAGUAAAAUCAAAUAAGAAAACAAAACUUAUUUUACAUACUUAGCAACAAAGGAAAGUGAUUACUCUUGCAUUACAUUAUCAUGAAAAUACACGUACGUUUUUGUUUGUAACUAUUAUUCCCUUCACACAAGUAUUAACACAAAAUGUUUUGCUACAAUUGCUGUGUAGGGAGAUUAUUAAUUCAUAUAUUUAAAUUAUACAUUCAAUCAUACUUAAAUGAUCUCUACAUAGCAAAUGUGGUAACAAAUUUUGUUAGAACUAACAUUGCUACUAUAUGUGUUAGAAUAAAAAAUUUGGUUACAAUUAACAUUGUUCUAAUUGCAUACAUGCCGUGUUUUCAUUCAAAACUAUUGUAAUUCAUCUCCCAGCCCGUAUAGGAUGUGAUUUAGUUGUAAACAAUGUCAGUUCUAACAUUAUUCUAAUACGCGCCAUUUGAUAAUUAUACAAAUAGUUUAAAUAAAACUAAUAUUAUGAUAGAAAUAAUUUGUCUUUAAUAGAACAGAACAAACAUGUCCUCAGGUCUUUUUUUAAUUAAAUUUUUGUAAGAAAACUAAGUGUGUAAAUUAAAUGACAAUUUAAGCUUUCCCACAACACUCAAUACCAAUAAUAUAUUUUUGUGUCGUAUAAAUAUUCACUAUUGCUUCGUUAAUGGUUAAGAUGGCAUGAAUCUGAAGCGUUUUUAGUAUGUAAGUAUAUAUAUUUGUGUAGUUUAUUAAUUUGUACGGAGUAUUAAUUAAACAAUUUCUUUUUUCUAUA